AUGUCAUCAAAAGCUCGAGGCGAAGGGGUUCUCGAUAGCGGGUCAACAAGUAGCACAGGAUUCUCGGAAUUUGAUGCUGAAUAUGCCUGCUCUGAUCAUGCGAUGGUGCGUCAAGUUGUGCAAGCCGCAGUGCGCAAUUAUUUCGCGUCGUCGUGCACCGCUCUGGCUCGCUUGACUCUGUGCCUUGAUUUCACAGAAGGUGCGCCGGUGCCGAACAACAAAACACCAUUCGUCCGGUAUCAGGCGCCAUUGGUGCAGAUCAGCGUCGAAAGAAAAUCCGGCCCCGGCAGCACGACGACGGCGCAAAGCACCACACUACGCGCUGCAGCAAAAAGUUCGGAGAAAGGUUCGGGAAGUUGCUCCACAGCCAAUACUGGGUGA